ACCACCGGCUUCUGCCCCCACCAUACACUAAAACUGCUCUCCCAGAGGCUCCAGUGGCCUCCUUGUCAACAAUCCCAGUGGCCGCAUCUUAUCUUUACCCUAUUGUCCCCCUCCCGCCACCUGGCAUCACCUCCUAAUUUGUCACUUUCCAGUGCUGUCAUGGUGGGUGCUCAGCCUCUGGGGUCAGACAGACUUGCUUGCUUUCAGCCCUGGGCGAUGUUGCUUCCUAGCUGCAUGAACUCAACCUCUCUGAGCCUCAGUUUCCUCUUCUGUAAAAUGGGGAUCAUAAUCAUCCCUGCCUCAGGCUCAUUGUGAGGAUUAAAUGAAUUAACCCAUAAAAAGAACUCUGUGCCCGGCAGUGGAAGUUAGCUGUUAGAGUCUUUACCUGCAUCUGGUUUUCUCCAUCCCCACCAGAGUCAACCAGCUCCAGCCUUCUCACUAUCUGUGGUCCAGAGAACUUCCCCGCCUCCGCACUGGCCAACCUGCUUCUGAUUCUUCCCAGCCAUUCUCCCCACAGUAGCUAGACUGGGCUUCCUGGGACCCAAACCUUCCAGGGACCACACCUGUCGCUGGCUGAAAACCCCACAAUGCUUCCAGGGCUCCUAGCAUGAAGCCUAAACCUCCUCCUCCUUUCAUAGACUUUAUAACUAUUUUUUAAACAAGAGGCAAACUACAAAGGUCAAGAUUUACAAUAACACUACUCAGAAUUUUUCUUUGCUACAAUACACCGUGAAGUCAGGACUGUUUAAGAAGGCUUGCAGGAAUGUUCGGCCUCCAUAGCUUUAAAAUUCCCUCAAAAAGCUCAUUUACCUAAAAAAGAGGUUUUUCUCUAUAAGAAAUCACAUUUUUUUGUGUGUGUGCACAGGUCUCAAAACUCUUAUAUAGAAUGUAAUACCAAACCACAGUUGAGUAUUUAAGCAGCCCUGGGUCUCUGGGACAUGAACCCCCGCCCCUGCCUGAGCUGAAUACUUUAAAUCCGAACUUUUUUUUUUUAAUUCUUAUUUUUCUUCCACACUUUAAAGUUGAAAUAUAGUUAAUGUACAAUAUUAUAUGUUAUAGGUGUACAGUACAGUGAUUCACAAAAUUUAAAACUUAUACUCAUUUAUAGUUAUUAUAAAAUAUUGGUUAUAUUCCCCUUGUUGUACAACAUAUCCUUGUAGCUUAUUUUAUACCUCAUAGUUUGUACCUCUUACUCCCCUACUUCUAUAUUGCCCCUCCCCGCUUUUCUCUCCUCACGGGUAACCACUAGUUUGUUCUCUAUAUUUGUUAGUCUGCUUCCUUUUUGUUAUAUUCACUAGCUUGUUGUAUUUCUUAGAUUCCACAUAUGAGUAAUACAAUACAGUAUAUCUUUCUCUGUUAGACUUAUUUCACGUAGCAUAAUGCCCUCCGUGUCCAUCCAUGCUGCUGCAAAUGGCUAAAUGUCAUUAUUUUUCGUGGCUGAGUAACAUUCCACUGGGUAUAUAUAUGUACCACAUCUUCUUUAUCCAUUCAUCUGUUGAUGGACACUUAGGUUGCUUCCAUAUCUUGGCAAUUAAAUCAGAGCUUCUUAAAUGUCAUGUGAAUCACCUGAGGACCUGGUCAAAAGGCAAUUUUUGAAUCAGAAAGUCUGGGGUGAAGUCUGAGGGUCUGCACUUCACACAAGCCCCCAGCUGAUGGUGAAGCUGCAGGUCCGAGGUCCAAGCUGAGUAGGAAGGCUUUAUGUCUGUCUCUGCCCACAAGAUGGUGCAUCUCUUAAGGAGAGGAACGGUAUCUGCUUUAUUCACAGUGCGUGCACAAAGCAAGUGCUUCGUAAGUUUGUUGAAUGAAUUGUUCUUAGUGGGUACCCAGUCCUAAGGCUCCCUACUUGUUUCUGUUGCCUCAUUUCACUCACGCCUUUGAGACACUCCCCUUGCUUUUUGAGGAUGCUCUGGGCCCAGAUCCAAGGGCUGAGCUAGGAGCCGCGUAUAUCGGCCACAGGCAUUAUUCUCAUUAUUUCCUUGCAUCACAGCCUCUUCACCUGCCUCUGCUGCAACCACAUCUUGGUCCUUGUCUUCACCAGAUCUCCAUCUGCUCAGAAGCCUGAAACACCCAAAUUCCCCCGCCUCAGCAUAACCUCCUAUCCUUCAUCUCCCCACACGGAUCAUAUCACACUGCACCCCAGCCCCUGGCAUUUCCAUUCUGUCUCUCUUCUCCCCCACCGCCACAGCCCCAAUCAUCUCAAAGAACUCUUCCCCAUGUCCCUGUUACACUUAUCCCUUUACCAACACCCCCUGACCUGGGCCUGUGUCAGGGCCUGACAUGCCCCAUGGGGCAGCAGUUUACCUCUUCCUUCAGGGUCUGCCCUCUAAGCCUCCCACCUUCCUAGUUUGCCUGCUUCCCAUCUGGCUGCUGCUUCUCUGAUUCUUUGUGGACUCUCCCAUGGUCUAUCCCUGCCCUCUGCCCUGUUCAGCAAACCCUUCCUUCUGGCCUGCAUCUGCCAAUCACACUUCAGCACAGACUGGGAUCCAGACCCCUGAGACACAACUCUCUCCUUUGGUCACUGGACCGCAUCACCAGAGGCCCAGCAUGAAACCUCUCUUCUUUUCCCUCGCCCUUCAGACCUUGUCAAUCCCACCACCUAAACCUACCCAGGCCAGCCCCCUCCUCCUACUUCCCACUGACAUCUUCCUCAAGGGCCCCCAUCAACAGGCCCCUGAGCCCAGCUCCUCUGUGCUACCAGAGGGACUGCCCAGGGCCUGCAGCCAGGCCUCCACCAGGGGCUAACAUCCCACAGCACAGGGCAGAGUUGGGCUGUGCUGUUAUCACACCAAUAAGAGAAUGGGCGUCUGGUGCCUGAGCUCCAUCUGCCACCCACCAGGAACAGAGAGUGUAGAGGAGAAGCUGCCCAAAGCCCGGGAGGCAAACCACUGGGGGCUUUAACACCAGUAAUUCAGUGCUAGGAGUGGGUAUCAAGAGAUGUGCUCUCAGUGGACGAGCCCACAGGUGGAUGGUUAGCCAUGUGACCGGCUACCAGACAAACUCUUGCCUGUUCCACUGGGCCUUCACCUGGCCACCCAUGCAGAACCAGGCAGUGCCAGGUGGGGCGGGCAGCAGAGGGUCAGGGCUGUCCAGGGGAUGGCAGGACCAGGUCCCACUGGGCAGGAGGCUCAAGGGAGCUCAGAGUCAGGGGGCCGCUCCCCUGUCAGACAGGUCCUUUUACCUGUCCCCACUCUGCCCAGUGACCUGCCUGUCUCUUAGCCUCCUUUGCAAGAUGAGGAGAUACCCUGUAAUUUUUUUUUUCCAAGUUUCACUGAUUUUGAGUACUAAAAAGUGAUGAAUAAGUCUGUGGUUUGCUAUGGAGGUUCCAUGUCAGAUAAAGAUUCUUCUGAAGCCCGCCCGCCACACCCUCGCUUGCCCGCGGCACGGGCCUGCUGCAUAAAAGACGGCGGCUGUCUCAGACACUUCAUAAUGCCACAAAGGACCCGGACAAGACAGAAUCCAUCCUGCCAGCCCAAACAUGCGCAGCCUCCCCAUCCUGCAUUGGCUCCUGUUCCUGCUCACACUCCACACCCCUCAGGCACAAGGGGCACCGCUCAAGACACCAGGAACCCAACAAUGCUAUGUACUCAACCUGAUCCGGGAAAUUAUAAAUGAGCUAGACAAGCUACCUGUGGCUUCAGAAGUGAGUAGCUGGGAUAAGGUUGGCAAGGGGCAGGGAAGGGCUGGCAGGUGCCUCAGGCCAACAGGACUCAUGGGCUCUCUCCCUCUGCCCCUACAGGACUUCUUGAACUCAAACGAAAAGAGGAGGCUGAUGGUAAGAGUUCAGCCCCACACAUGGGUGCACUUGGGUGGGUCCCCAUUCACCUCCUGCCUGGGUGACCUCAGGCAUAAAACAAGGCUCUGGACGCCAAACCUGGAAGAAUUCCUGACAUUUGCCACAAAUUCCCUUGGAGAGGAUUCGAAAAUCAAGAAAAAUCUUAAGGAAAUCCAGCCAAUCCUGCCCACAACCACGUCCACGGAAGAGCCAAUCCUUAUUGAGAAGGAUAACUUGGGUGAUUUCCGGGUGAAACUGAAGGAAUAUCUGUCUGCCAUUAGAGACUCUCUGAAUUGUAAGAACACAUAGAACCCUAACGUCUGAAGUCGGAAGCUCAGCUCCCUCUCUGGAGCCUCGGAACGUCAGUAACAGCAGAUGUCCUAAGUUUCUUGGAUGUCUCUCGCAUAGUCCGGGACUGGAAGAAUUUCAUUUUCUCCUGUGGAGUCAGACUAAUUGUUAAUUACCUAAUUCCUGAAAUGUGCAGCCCCCAUUUGUCCUUCUGUGAUUAUUCUCAUUUUUAUUUUAUUGAGACUAUUUAUUUAUGUAUUUAUUUAUCACCUUGUGCAAUGUGAAGGGUAUUUAUUUUAGCAGAGAAGCCAUGUCUUGCUCUUUCUGAAAAAGAUUGAAGAUGGGGACUUCGGGGCAUGUUCAUUUGUACCUCAGGUUUUAAACUGGUUUCUAUACAUCUGUGAAAAUAAACCACACUUUCUGAACAAAUGCUUUGUUGCUAGUGUCUCAUUUUUACUCAGGUCUUAGUAACUCUCUUGCCUGAUGAUUUAACACACCUCCCUACCACCAGAUGGGCCUGGAACCCACACCCUGGCAAUCUGUGGUCCACUGGGGAGCCAGAUUGAGUUUUAGAAAAUGCAAAUAUGACCAUGUUGGUUUAUACUUCAUUUUCCAGUCCUCAGGGUCUUCUGGACCUUGUCCAGAUCAUUAGGGUAGCAUAAAAGUCCUGGUUCCAUCCAGUGCUUCUAUUUCCUUUCUCCCACAGCUACCUACCUCCUUGAUGCUCCAGGUAACAGAAGCGCUGUGGCUUCCUAGAGGAACCACACACCUUGCUUCCUACCUCUAAACCUUUACCCACACUGUAACCUCAGCCUCACAUGCCCUGAUCCUGACUCAACAUGCCCAGGUUCAUUUAAAGAAGCUGUUAACUACUUGAAGUAACAAGUAACACUCUGAUUACUUAAAGAGCCCUUUUCCAGCACGUUUUCUAAUGCAUAGUCAUUAAAGGGAUGAAUGAAGGUAGAGAAAAAGAAGGUGCAAUGUAGUUUUGAAUUAGAUCAGACUGAAAUCUUUCUUAUUAAAGUAGACAAGAAAUAACAUAAUAAAGACAAGUCAGACAAAAACAGUCUCCUGUAUCUUAUAAAGGAUGCGAAAAUGUGUGCAGUAAUUCUUUUUUUUUUUUAAUUUACUAUAAAGUGUCUGUGCUUAGGGGGAGUUGGAAUCCUAUUGAGAAAGAAAAAAUGAAUACAUGGAGGAAAAAAAGACCAGCUCAAAUGUUGCAUACCUCUGGGUUAUCCACACUACUCCAGGACAGAGCUCUUCUCUGAAACAGGUGCGUAGGCAGGGACCCACUGGAAGGACAGCCAGUGUGGCCCCGAGGUGGCACAGACUGACCUGAAUGAUGGAGACUGGGGCAUCACUGAAUGUGGCUUCAGUCUGCCACCUGACCGUUGGGGUCCCACUGACCCUUUAGCUCUGAGUGCCUCCCUCUCUGGUUCCCCUGCACUCUGCCCAGGUGCACCUCCUCCAGUAUGGGGGUUCAGGGGAGAAGAGGCAGAGCAAACUUUCCUGUCACCAUGCUAAGGAGUAAUGUCAUCCUCUCUGACUCCUCACAAGUCCCAUAAGAGCUUUGGGUGCUGAACACCUAUGUGUCAGGCCCUCUACUGGACACUGGGAAUAUGGCAGUGACUAGACAGAUGGAAGGUAUCCAGGGAGCUUGCUUUAGAUUGAAUGGCCUGGGAAGGUCUUUCUGAGGAGGGGACAUAUAGGUUGAAACCUGAAUGACAAGAAAGGGCCAGCCAUGCAGCAAUCAGGGAGGAAGGAACUCUGGAAAGAGGGAACAACAGCCAGUGCCUGGAGACUGAAAUGUGCUGAGAGCACUCAUGGAACAGAAGGAAAAGCCCACAAUUCUCCCUCAGUUUCUCUCCCUUCCCUCCUCAGGCUUUAUAAAAAUUCAAAACCUACAUUGGUGUGUAUAUUUUUUUUCCUGAAAAUAAAAACCUCAUGAAAUUGUCAUAGUGUACACAUUUUUUUCUUAUUGUCUACAUACCAGAGUUUUUUAAAUGUUGUAUUUUAAUUGUUCACAUUUUAUUUUAAAAAUAUUACUUAGAAUUACCUUGUGUUUAAAAAUGAAUAUACUGUAGAAAAGAGACAUUCUCAUUUAUUAUUGAUGAAAGUGUAAAAUUUUCAAACUCUUUGAAAGGUAAGCUGCUAUUAUCUACUUAAAUGUGAUAGGCAUACCUUGUGAUUAUUUGUUAUAUACAUACGUGUGUAUAUAUGAGCACAAAUAAUUAUUACUCUAUUGAUCUAUGUUUUAUAAUAAUAAUCUAUAUGUCCUUUAAUAGAUAAUUUGUUAAAUAACAUAGUUAUGAAGUGGAUGCUAUCUGGUUUCUGACUAUAGGCACAUUUAUGUAUUUGUCUAGCUAUCUACCUCCCUCACUUUAUAUCUGUAUAUUUUGUUAUAAAAUUAACUACUUCAUGGUUAAGAAUGGGAAAAAAGAAAGAUAUAAAACAGUGUGAAACUAUCUACCAUUUGUGUUAAUAAAAAAAUUAAAAAAAAAACCCCAAAACCCAAAACCACAACCUGUGUUAGUGGCGAAUGACUGCAGGAGGUGGGGGUCAGUGGUCAGGUCAGACAACACAGACUUGGUGCAGAAAGAUCAGAGGACAUGGAGUAUAGGCAGGACCUGGGUGGAGGUGACAUGCUUGAGAAGGGGGUGGGCCUUUUCAGGUUUCCUGUGGGCUUUUCAUUGCCCUUCUUGUACAGCAGUCCAGCCUGCUUCAGGCUGAAGUGGGACGAACAUGAGCCCAGCACACUCAGGCUCAUCCUUGACCCCAAACCUCAGACCCUGCCUGGGUCUAACACAACCAGGCCCAAGCACAGCCCUGGUCCUGGGGCCCAGAACCAACAGGUGGUCAGUUCCCAGUCAAGUUAGGGUAUUUUCACAUCAUGUCCAUCUGCCUUCAGGGAGAGGGCUGACGACUCCAUGACCCAACAGGAGGCCCUGGGGUGCCUGAGUCUCUCCUGAAGGUCUUUUUUCAGAGCCUGCCCAGACUGUCCUUAGUGCCAGGUCUAUAGGUCCAGUUGCCACAAGGGGGCACCAAAGCCCCAUCAUAAGUCCCACAAUGUCCAAGUGAAGGCCAAAGUUCCCACCUUCCCAAAUCCAAGGUGCUUCUUCAGCAGGAAAGUAGAUAACCUCAACCAGGAAUUUUACUUUUUAAUUUAAAAAAUAUUAUGGAAAAGAAUCUGAAGAAGAAAAAAAUAUAUGUAUAUAAAACUAAAACUGAAUAACUGCUGUCACCUGAAACACUGGAAAUCAACUAUACUUCAAUUUUUUAAAAUUAUCGUUUUUUUACUGCGAGGGCAAUAUGAGAGCGCAUAGAUGAGCUUUACUGAUAAACUUUGAAAUACAGAAAAAUAAAGCAAAGAGAAAUUGCCAGGAAGGCAAACGCCUGAGGAGAGAACUCAGAGAGGCAUUGCCCACCUCCCUCCAUGGUGCAAAUCCUCUUGCUCCAGGAAGGGGUUCUGCUCCUCCCAUCCUGGCCUUGAAUCUGCAUUUGACUGAGUUCAGCGAACACCCUGAGGACCCUCCACAGCUUACCCAGGCUGGGGCAGGGGAUUGGGGAGACACUGAGUCAGGCCUCCGGGGGCCUCUUGGCCAUGUCCAGUUGGCCCAGGAUGGUGUGGUAGGGGUUACUACAUACAGAACCACGGAUGGAUGGGUGUGGAUCUUGUCAGAGGCGCUUCUCUCAGGAGGUAAUGCACAGGGAGCUUGAUAAAGGAGUAGGAGUUCAUCAGGCAGCCAGAGGUGCAGAGAAGGACGUCAGGCAGAUGGCACCAGGGAGUAAGGGUGUGGAGGUCUAAGAGCAUAGGGUGAGUUGGGGGUCACAGGAGAGUUUAGGCAGUUUAUAGGGCCACAGUGUGGGUGCCGGGUGGCCAGGUAGAGACAAGUCCCCCAGAGCUCCCUUGGUCAGGGAGCCCCAGGCACCUCUGGGUCUCAGCCUGGUCCCUCGCCAUUCCUCCCUCUCUUUGCCUAGCCUAGCCCAGCCUGGCCUGGACACUGUGGAGACAGCAAGACUAGAUAACCAUGCCUGAGGAGUCGGGGGUGUAUGGCGGGAGAGGGAUAGGAUGGGGCCACAUCACUGUUUUUAAUGCCAACAGGAAAGAGCCAGGGCAGAGGGAGAGAAGCUGGAGGAAAGAGGGGCCAGCCAAGCAGAGCCGGAUCCCUGGGGCCAUGGUGGGAAAGAGGGAGGGAGAGGCAGAGGUUGUGUGGGCCAGAGUGGAGGGUUGAGUGAGUUCUCACCAUGGGCUGGGGUCUCAAUUUUCUCCUUGAAAACCUCAGGUCAGGCUCAUGGAGGGGGAAGAUGGAUCAGGCAAAGGGACUCAGAAUCCCCUCAAUGACCAGAUGAAGUCUAUGACUGCCUUCAUUUUACAUACGAAAAAAAAAUGAGGCACAGAGAAUAUGACUCCAGAGCCUCUGAAUCCUCAAGCCACAGUGUUUCGGCCAAUGCCGACUGAAGCAGAGGAGCCCUUUAAGUCUGGUUUAGGGCCCACCUGGGGUCUCCUCCUUGACUGGACCCAGGCCUCCAGAAGUACCUACUGGCUCCAAGACCUCCUGGUUUCAGCUCCAGGGGCGCACAGCACAGCCGUGGUGCCUCAGCUCCAUCCUCCAUUCAUUGAACCACCACAUGUUUAUCGCCAAAAUCCUCUACAUGCACAUUUGUCCCUUCUCCUACCCAGCACCCCCCACAUAUGCACACACACUGGGCUUAGAUCCAGGCUCGUUCCCAUCCCCAUGCCUCAUGGAGUUUCUGGGAGAGAAACCACUGGCUCACAGCCACCCCCUACCUUGACUGGUAGUCAAGGCUUCCUCUCUCCUACCCAGCUUCUCAGAGAUCCCAGACUCAACUUCCACCUCCAGCCUUGGCUCAUGCUGUGGCCCUCCAGGAGCCCUCCCUACUCCCCAGGGUCCACAGAAUCCUAGCCUGAGGCCUUCUCGCCUCCUCCUCAGACAGGCGCCCUUGACCAUGCUGCCCCUGGGACUUCCUUCAGCAGACAAUGGGCGAGUGUCUCCACUCACCCUGCCCUGGAGGGCACCACAUGGGCCAUGCCAGAGAUGAAGUGGAGCAGCCAGGGACAGCAGACUGUGACAGUGAAGAUGUGUACCUCUGAGGAGAGCUGUGCCAGGAAAGAAGUGUGGCUGUGCCCGUACCUG